AUUUGCACCAUAGUUCCCGUCGUCACCGCCACCCCCCUUGACUGGCGUCCCGUCACCCAGUGAAUUGCAAGCUUCGACCGGCUGGGUGUGCAAAGUGGCGCCUUCGGGUGUCGCUUUGGCUGGAGAGUAGCCCUUUGUGGUUUGCUUUUCCAGUUCGUGGUUCAAGUCACCUCUGCCAGUGAAGGCUUCGCUAGCGAUAGCUCCCACAUGAUCCGAGGUUGCUUCGUACUGUCUCUGCUCGCCGCUGUUCUUUCUCCUCCAAAGUCAUCCAGUGAGCCUUGGAACUCGCAAACCCUUUCAGUGGAACCUUUUCUUUUUGGCCCCCCCCCCUUUUUCUUUCUCUACUUUACCCUUUCCCUUCCCCCAUAUUUUUUAUUUCCCUCUUUUCCCCCCCUCUCCUCUCUUUUCGUUCGUACCAAGUCCCGGCAACCCAGCAACACGACGAUCGACGAAGACCAGCACACCGGCAAUUCGACGAUUCGACAAUUCAGCAAUCGGCAUCCAGCAACUCGACAUCCGGCAUUACGACAGGUAAGAUUUCCAGCAUUUCGACAUUUCAGCACGACACGACGAUCUCCAGCAAUUCGACAUUACGACAUUCGGCACUGCGGCAACUCGACAAUUCGGCGUUUUCGGCACGUCGACCAGCAACUUGGUUUUUUUCCUUCCCCUUCCCUUUCCCCUUUUCUUUUUCUUUUUCUCACUGAAUGUAAUGGUUUGCUUGGAGAUCCAAGCAAGGAGGGCGGCGGAUGGAGGGGAGCAGUUGUGUGGGUGGAGCGGUGCGGGCGCCUUGGGGAAACGGAGCAAAUGAGCUAGUGGGGUUGGAGCUGGUAAGUGGCUUGAAUUGCGUCGCACUCAGUCGGUCACCGACGUCGCGGGGCUGGUAAGGCCCUUACUGUAAAGGAGGCCAAAGCAAGCAAGCCAAAGCAGGCGAAUCGAGUCAGUCACGAACAAUCAAGCCAGU